CCCCGGUCCCCUUCACCACCCCGAGGCCGAGGCCGAGGCCGAGGGCGAGGCCGAGGUCGGGGACGCGGCGGGGUGCCUCCCGGAGGGGGUGGCGGGGGCGACGACGAUGGAGGCCCGCCUGGGGGUGGUGGCGGUGGCGGAGGCGGUGGCGGGGGCCGUCGUGGCCGUGGGCGUGGCCGUGGCACUCCCCCUCGACGACGAGCGCGUAUGAAUCAAGACGAAUUGCGACGACAGAUGGACCUGUUGGCCGAAGAUGCCCGUCAACGGUCCGUGGGGCGCCGCAUUGCCGGCAUCACGCAUACCAAUACCGUCACCACGGUCUAC